AUGUCUAAACCUUUAACUUAAACAUUAAUUGCUUAAAAAGCAAAGACUGAAGCUUUGUACAGUAUCAAAUCACUCAAUUUAUGGGGUAAUGAUCUUGAUGAUAUUUCAAUCAUUGAAAGACUACCUAAUCUUGAAGUUCUUUCAUUAUCAGUUAAUAGGAUUACUACUUUAGCUGAUAUUGCAAAAUGUAAGAAUAUUAAGGAACUAUAUUUGAGAAAGAAUAAUAUUUCUAAUAUUACAGAAUUGCAAUUCCUAUAACAAUUACCUAAAUUGAAAGUCUUAUGGCUUUAAGGUAUUAUUUAAUAAUAUAUGAGAAAAUCCAAUUGCUGACCAUCCAAAUUAUAGAGAUGCCGUAAUAUGCAAUUCUUAAACACUUGAAAAAUUGGAUGAUGUUGUUAUUAAUCAAUAAGAUAGAGCAAAUGCAUAAUAAUAAUUGUAAUAUGGAAUUUCAUAAAGUCCACCUACAAAGAUAUCAAAAGUAGAGGAAGAAAUGUCACAAUAUGUUGAAGUUAUUAAACCAAAUCAAUAUUCUCCAAAUAAUGGAGGAGGAAGAUAUUCAAAUUAACGAGAAUAAUAAACAAAUCAAUAACGAUAAUCCUUAUCAUAAAUGCAACCAUAUAAUUAACCACAAUAACAGUAACAAUUAUAUCCAUAACAAUAAUAAUAAGUAUCUAGAGAAAGAGAACAACAAUAAUAAUAACAAUAAUAUUUACAACAAUAUUAAUCAUCAAUUUAGUAAUAGUAAUAAUAACAACUAUUCCUACAAUCGUAGCCAUAAUACUAAAGAUAAGUAAUUAGAUAAGAAUAUGCAGAUGAAGAAAGAAACUCAAACAUCUUAUGUGCAAUAUUAUCUCUUCUAAAAGAAUUAGAUAAAACUACAUUAGAAAUUGUCUAAAGAGAAAUACAUGAUAAAUUAUAGUAAUAUUAAGAGUGA